AUGGCGUUGCUGAGAGCGUUCCAGAAGCAGGCCCAGAAGAGGAAGUGCCCGAUUUGCGGUGAGAUGGUCCCGCAAGGAUUAUAUCGUUCGCACAUGGAGGGCUGAAGCGGCGCUUGCGCGCUUAUGGUUCUCACAAAUCAGAAUCUCACUGAUGUGGUUUUGUGUACAAAUAAGGUGAUUACUACUGGUAAUUCUCUUCUUUUUGAGAAAAAAUUAGUCCCGGAACAUGGCCAUCAUUUCAUUCCAGAUCGUGUCGGAAUUGAAAUCCAACGAUAG